CUGGCGGAUAAUGUAUACAUUAGGUUCAUAAUUUUUUUUUGUUUCCAAAUAUACUUAAAGUACAAUUUUUUUCAUCCUCGUAUUACUGUUUUAUUAUACACAAACUUACCUUAAUUUUGUAUUUCUUUUUUUAAAAUAUAUUCUAUGAAGUAGAAAUACAUAAUAGGCUUCUAUUUAGACAAAUUUGGAUUAUAGUGGUGUAAUAAGUCUCGAAUUUUUUAUUUUAUUUUAUUUAACAGGAAUUAAUAUAGCCUAACGCAUAAAAUAAUAGAAAAUGUUGGAUAAAAAUAAUAUAUAAUCAUAUAUUAUGAAACAGUAAAAUACUAGAGAGCCUACCAUAUAAUUAUCCGCCAGUAAUUCGUAUCCUCUAGAAUUAGCCGCGUGAAAGAAACCCUAAGCGGCUACUUCUAGCGGAUACUUUUUACUGGCGGAUAAUAGUACCAUGUCAUUUAUUACUGCUUUUUAUAUCACAAUAUAUAUAAAUUUUAUUUAUUAUCGUUCCAAUUAAUGGUUGUUGUAUUUUUUUCAAUUUUGAAGAGCUAAAGCUAAUUUAAUUGUGAUUGGACAAUUCAACCGGCAAGGGUGAAGCUUUAUAGGGUGGGAAUCUAUAGGCUUUGCAGCAAAUUAAGUCACGGGCGGCUAGAAUUGAGCGGGCACGGCUUUUGUGGGAUUUGUUUGAAAAAAUUGAAGCUUUGAUAAGAGAGAUAAAUUGGGUAGGGCCCAUUUACACAAUAUUUUAUGUUAAAUUAGGGUUAAGAAGUAGAGAAGCAGCCGCGCACUUGAGAGAAGGAAAAAAUCAGCCGCUGGAAGAAAAAAUCCAUUGUUUUGGUUCCUCUUCUUCAAAUCAGCCGCACUCCACUUGAGAGAAGGAAAAAAUCAGCCCAUUUACACAAUAUUUUACACAAUUCACGCCAUGGCUUCUUCUUCAAACCAAGUCCCUUAUUCGAGGCGCGAGCAAAUCAAUCGUGUGGCAGUUGAGAUCAGUACGUACAACAAUAUUACUUACCUAUCGACAGUAGUCUCGAGACUAAACGAAAUUGGCGGUUUUGCACUGGAGAAUACGUUCAGGCAUGGGUGCUUUGGGAUGAUGUUGGAUUGGCAGCCGGGCCAGAAGUGCAAUGCUGCAUUGCACCAUAUUGUCUCUCGUCAUCUUAAGAUCACGAGAGACGAUGAGGAUGAUGAGAUCUGCUUCUACAUCAACGGGAGGAACGUUGAGUUUACUCCGAGAGAUUUCGCUCUCGUGACAGGAUUGUCCUUUGGGGAUGAUCCUUUUGACCCCGAGGCUGAGCACGAUCUGAGUCGGGCUCAUACAUUUAGACAAUUUUGCCGCUCUCAACCGGUGUCAGUGCGGGAGCUGGCGGAUAUAUAUUUCGACACCGUCAAUCCAGUGGUUGACACCGACGGCGGGUUGUACCUCCGUGUGGCCCACUUGUUGGUGCUACACGCAUUUGUAUUAGGAGUGGACGUGCGCCGACCCGUGCAGUCCUGGACUUGGAAGCUGGUGGAUGAUUUGUCGACCUUUUCCAGAUUUCCUUGGGGAUCGUGCGCGUAUAGAAGCUUGAACUACAGGUUGAAGCACAGCACAAUCAAAAAGGAUUGUAAAACGUAUCACUUCUACGGUCCUUCUUGGGCCCUAUUCAUUUGGGGUCUUGAGAAAAUUCCCUAUUUGGGCCCAGCCAUAGCCAUAUGCAAUGCGGGGGUUUACCCUAGAUUUCGGAGGUGGACGUUCGUGAAGACCAAGUUGGAUGGGUUACAGAGUUAUUUUGAGUCUCCGGAGAACGGGAUAUGGGAGAUGGUCCCCGAUGAGUACGAGGCCAAGACAUCUUACUGGCUAUCGGUGGCAGGCGUCAAUGCCGGGAUAGGGGUUCGAGUACCAGAGCCGGCAGUCUUUGGUCAUAGGCAGCCUCGGCAGCGCUACACUGGUGGGGACCACAACGAGGAUGCUCCUGAGCAUCAACCUCGGCGUCGCAGUAUGAGACAGGAUACUGGCAAGCGCCCGAGGGGACAAAUAGUGGACACCUCAUCGAGCAGCAGCCAUCACGAUCAGAGCAUUGGGGGCGAUCACCCCGUUGAUUCUGGUCGAAGGUCUCACAGUCACAGAGCCCCGAGGCCUAGGCACGAGGAUGCUCCUGCACCUUCACAGUGGAGCGAGGAGGAUUGGCAGCGCAUGCAGCACAUGAUGCGCGAGAGUGAGGAACGGGUAGCGAGGACCGUGGAGGACAGCCUGUUCAGGAGGAUUAAGAGAUAUUUCGAGGACAAGUUCGAUGCUAUGCGUUGCCGAUGCUCGCAUAGCACUGAUGUUCACGUGCCCAGACCUGCUCCACGAUCUCACUCUGACAGGAGACGCGAGCCCCAGCCCGAGCCCGACUCCGAUCCGGCGCAGCCUACAUCCUCAGAGGCCCCAUCGCAUCACCAAUCCCCUGCACAUGAGUCUCCUGCACGAGAGGUGGGACAGACUACUGGUGAUGCCAUGCACACCCCGCAGUGGCAGCAUGAUCCGUUUGGUGGCCCGACUAGUUUUGGGCAUGUGCAGACUCCGCACAUGGGUGUCCACCACAUGCCCACAUUCGAGGCGUCCAGUUCUUAUGGCGGGCCACGCUACUCGUGGGCUGAGCCGGGCACGAGUUCAGCAUACCCUUUUGAGCCGGCCCGUUCUUCGGCUCCGAUCCUGACUCAAGAUGAGAUGCACGAGUAUUGGAAGCAGUUUAGAGGGGGAGUUUCUGAGGCAGUUUCUGAGGCAGUAGCUGCUGUUCCCCUCAGUAUUUGUGCACCGGAGGCUCCACGCAGAAGUCGCCGAGAACGGAACCCGUCGGCUGCACUUCGAUCACCAUACGUGCACAGCGCCGUGCCGAGACCCGUCGACUCACAGUAUGUUGACGGGUUUGACCGUAUGAUGAAAGCUGGCAACCGUGGCAACUACCGGACGAUGUCGGUGGCAGAGAGCGAACACCCUCUCCCGUGGAGCUUUUGGACCACUAUGCAAAACACGAGGAGGGACCUCUCGUCCAAUGCUGUUGAUUGCUACAUGAUGACGAUGAGAUCGAGGUUGAUGAGGGGUGAUGACUUGAUAGACGGUGUUGAUGCGAGGACCACCAUCGUAUUGGAUACAGAGUUAUUCAAAUAUUUCGAUGAUGAAUUCACGCAGUUGAAGUCAGCGUGGCGGGAAAUGUUUCCCGCGAAGGCAGAAGGGCGGUUUAUAUAUUCCGACGGAGUUUUUGCUACGUGGCAACCGCAUGCCAAGAAGAUGUAUAUGGUGCAUGGGCAGGGGGUAUCUUCGACUCAUGGCGAUUGGAUGAAUGCCACAACGCUCAUUUUGCCUAUACAUGUGUGUGGACGUUACAUUACAUGCCGAGUGGAUUUGCUGAGUGGAGUUUGCGACAUCUUCGAUUCGCAGUUGUUCAAGACCAUGCCGCAGCCGCGCUUCGAUGUGAUCGCCGCCCUAUAUCCGCUGCAGUGCCUGUUGGGUAAGAUGCUUGAAGUGUCCCAGUGGUUCGCAAGGACCACGAUUGUCGACAACCCGUUGGAAAACCUCCAAUGGCGAAGGUUGAAAAUCCAAUAUGCCGACGAGAAUGAGCAGUUUCAGCAGCCAGAUCAAUGCAGCUCCGGUGUUUUUGCGUGCAUGUAUGUGGAGCGUCUGAUAUCAGGCUCGCCGAGCCUUGCGUGGGGCAAUGGGCACGCCGCCGACUAUAGGCGCAAGAUAGGCAGUAGCAUCUACGAGUUUUGCAUCCCCGCACCGAAAUAGCUUAUGUAUUUGUACAUUUAAAUGAUAAU